UAAUGCGCGGGCAGGGAAGGGCCCAGCCCCAACGCUCUUAGCGCCGUGCCGGCACCGCAGGAGCACAAACGACGCACGCCACCAGGGGGCAGGGCUGCGCAGCCUGCCGCGCCCGGGGCGAGAACGGAAGCGGCGUGCGCGGCUCCCCGGCGGAAGGGCAGGUCCUGCUCCCCCUCCCCUUCCUGCCUGCCGCCGCGCCGUGCCUGCCUGCUCGCCAUCCUGCGAGGCGCUGCUGGUGGUGGUAGGAGUCGGCGAGGGAGUGACGGGUGGCAAUAAUGGCAACCUACACUUGUAUUACUUGCCGUGUGGCUUUCAAAGAUGCUGACAUUCAACGUGCUCAUUACAAAACUGACUGGCAUAGAUACAACCUGAAGCGUAAGGUCGCUGACAUGCCUCCUGUCACCGCUGAGAAUUUCCGAGAGAGAGUCCUAGCGCAGAGAGCAGUAGCAGAGGAGCGGAACAAAAUCACGGCCACUUACUGUACAGUUUGUAGCAAGCGAUUCUCCACCUUCAAUGCCUAUGAGAAUCACUUGAAGUCCAAGAAGCACCUGGAAUUGGAGAAGAAAGCUGUUCAAGCUGUCAGCAAGAAGGUGAAAGUACUAAAUGAAAAGAACCUGGAAAAGGGCCUGGCCCUGGAGAGCGUAAACAAAGAUGAAAUGAACACAGCUAUUCAGCAAGCCAUUAGAGCUCAGCCGUCUUCAUCUCCGAAGAAGACAGCUUUACCUCCUAGCAUUGCGAGCAGCUCUCCAGUUUCUACGGGAAGUGCCAGCUUAUCACAGAGUAGGGACCCAUCAGGAAAACCCCCACGGCUACAGUGGUUUGAACAGCAAGCAAAGAAGCUUUCCAAGCAGCAAGAAGAGGAAGAUGAUGAUAUGGAUGAAGAUUGGGAGGAUGUGGAUUCUGACGAAGACAUUGGCUCUGAAGAAGAGAUGCAAAGUGUGGGAGAAGAGGAGGAGCAAGCAGAAACUGAAAGUACUCUUACCCUUGGGGCCAUACCAGUCACGGACUGCUUGUUCUGUCCCCACCAUUCAAGAUCUCUCAUGAAAAAUGUAGCCCAUAUGACAAAAGUUCACAGUUUCUUCAUUCCAGACGUAGAGUACCUUGUGGAUCUAAGAGGACUAAUCAAGUACCUGGGAGAGAAAGUUGGCAUUGGGAAAAUCUGCAUCUGGUGCAAUGAAAAAGGGAAGUCCUUCUACUCUACAGAAGCAGUACAGGCUCACAUGAAUGAUAAAAGCCACUGCAAACUCUUCACAGAUGGAGAUGCUGCCCUGGAAUUUGCAGACUUCUAUGAUUUUAGGAGCAGUUACCCUGAUCACAAGGAUGGGGAAGAUGGGGACAUGCCUGAAGACCGUCCAGCAGAGAGAGAUUUGGAUUAUGAUGAUGACACCAUGGAGCUGAUCCUUCCUUCAGGAGCAAGAGUGGGUCAUCGUUCUUUAAUGAGAUACUACAAGCAGCGGUUUGGUCUGUCGAGAACGGUGGCUGUUGUGAAAAACAAGAAAGCAGUGGGUCGGGUGUUGCAGCAGUACAGAGCUUUGGGAUGGACAAGCCAAACAGGAGCAGCUUUUGUUCACCAGCGUGAUAUGCAGUACCUUCAGAGGAUGAAGUCGAAGUGGAUGCUCAAGACGGGAAUGAGUAACAAUGCUACAAAGCAGAUGCAUUUCCGAGCACAAGUUAGAUUUUGAAUUCCCAAGAAGGCUGCAUGCAGCUGGUUUUGGGAAGGAGGAUUUAGUGGUUUCUGGGUUGAGGAUUCAUUAUUCAAAUGGACUUGUUACCUGUCAGAUGAAGAUAUGUAUGCUGGUAUGCUUUCCUGCCUUCAGGAGGAAGAACAGGGAGCUUGUCUCCUCUGAUGAAAUGAUGGUUGUCUUAACUUAAAAAAUAUCUGAAAUGGAACAUGUGGCAAAGUAGUCAUGGCUGUGAAUAAAGAUGUAUACAUAA